CCGCGCCCACGCCGUGUGGUAUCGAGCUUGGGGAUUCAGAAUGCCCACCACAUGAUCCAGGUCUUGAAGUGCACACUUUACGGCAUCGCCAGCGAUGAGCAUGCCUUCAGCGGGUGUAAUUGCAAUAAUCGAUCGGCCACGGUUGCUGAAUGAUGGCAGAAGCCCCGCGAGGUGGGCGUGGGACUGCAGAGUGCACCUGCAAGCCACAAUGGAAGCGGUCGCUUUCUUAUCACGGGCUGAAAUGUGGAAAAAGGCCGCCGCAGUGGAUCUGCUUAAAUCUCCGACCCCCGCUGCAUUCGGGGAAAUCCCGUAUUCUUCCCAUCCGCCUUAGCUGCACCUCGACUGUUUUGCCUACGUUUCUACGACUAUUUGCCUACGUUUCUACAACUAUUCAAACCGCCCCUUUUUUCCCAAUACGAAUCCUCAAACAUUCUCGUAGAGCAAGAAUAUGGAGAUGGAAGUAAGGGUCGACCCUAACGAUGCCGUCGAAGAGAAAGUUUUCGUGUACAUUUCUGAUUUCACACCUGAAGGCGUACGCCCCAAAGACGAAAUAGACAUCGAUUUAUUCCGGGCAGCGGAUUACGACCCCUCAGAGGCCCGGCGAAGGGCACCUGGCACGCUGUUUAGGUGGAUACACAUACCCGUGAACGAUACCACAUUUGUUACGGACUGUGUCAAAACUUUGAUUGGCACCGAUCGGGGCAAUUCCCUGCCCAAUACCUGGCUCCACAAACUUCGGCCAACGUCAUCGAUUCCGGGGGAUAUUGUGCCCAACCAUGCUCGCUCUAUGGAACCGUCAUUCCAACUCCACGCCAUGGACGAAGGAGGGGGCUCCGGCAGGCCGCCGCCUUUCACCCUCUAUCUUCCGUACUUGAACUGGGAAGUAUUUCAAAAUCUUGGAAACCAAAAUCUAAUAGGCACGGACCACACAGCAAAUAGCACACGGCAUCCAAGGAAAACAUUGGACCAGUUCUUCUACUCUGGGCUUCGAGAUACUGCAUCUCGGGAUGCCGGACAAACCGUGUCGAAGUGGACAGGUGCAAAUCCAGGCAGCAAUGGAAGAGAAAAUGCAGCUGAGGAUAGCUACGUUGUCAUGGUGGAUCAGCUCUGGAUCUGGGUUCUGGAUGACGUCUCAAGCUUCCCCUCCCACAGGUUUCAGUUCAAGGGAAUCCCUGGGGGGCCUCAGGUGACUGAUGUUCUGACUUCCGCGACGGCAGACCCUCGGAAGUGCCAGGAUCUUUUUGAUCUGACUGCCCUCCUGGUCAUGCACUCCGUAACGAAUAUUUUCGCUGAGGAAAACGGCAAAUUUGUAGACGCACUUGCCAUAUACCGAUGGGCAAUUGCGAUCAAUGCAGCUCGGCAUACUGAGAAACUCGAAGCCUUCAGCAAACGGCAGUCCUCUCACAACGCAGAGGAGAUUGCAGUCGAGGGUACCGAGGAGUUGAAAUUAGCUCUUGAAGUGGCAGACAUCCUUGAUGAGCUGAACAUGCUCCUGCAUCUACUAGAGAAACAAGCCGAUGUAUUGGCUUCCACGCAGGGACAGCUACAACGAUUUAAGCCCCUGGUACGUAGCCAUGGUCCAGAAGAAGGACAACGCAUCGAGAUAUUGAGGAGCAGUCUUGGCGAUGUGCACAUCAGCAACUCAGGGAACAUUAGAGGCAGGCUCUUGUUCGAUGAGGUGUCUAUGGCCCAUCUCUACGUCGAUAAUCAGGAUGGGACAGCACCGGGAGAGUUAGCGCUUGGUGGGAACGCCGGAAUCCUAGUCCAGGAAGCUGCGCAGAGACUGAGCGUCGAGAAGGCGAAUCUCGAGAGGCUUCGUGUGGAUGCAGCGCGCACGCAUCAGAUGCUCAUCGAGUUGCUCGACCUUGAACAAAAAGCCGCCAGUCUGGAGGAAGCCCGUGCAACCACUAAACAAGGGCAAGCAGUUAUGCUGUUCACCAUCGUUACGAUCGUAUUCCUUCCCCUCUCCUUCUUCACGUCAUAUUUCGGCCAGAAUGUGUCCGAUAUAACCGGCGAUGACAAGAACCCAACAUCUGGCGAGCUUUGGAGAGUAGCUGGUGAGUCGCCCCAACGGUAA